AACACCCCCUCCUCUAUGAGGCGUGUCUCUGCUUAUGCUUGUGCUUUUGAUAAAAAGUAUCCCCCGGGAGAUGUCAAGUUUCACUUGAGACAAGAAACUAUACCGGAAGUCAGUAUCCAGUAUCUAAUUCCUGUUUCGCUUCGACCGAUAAAUAAGAGCCUUUCAGAAUUUACAUGCUCUUUAGAUGCAUUGAAGAUGAAGAAUAAAAACUGGUUGAUUCUUCUUGUUUUGGUGAUCAUCACAAGCAUCAUUGUAGUCCUUACAAAUGGAGCUGCAACUGACUGCCCAAAACGAACAGAACAAAACCAUCGAUGCAGAAAAAGUUGCUCCUCCGACGAAGACUGCAAAACGAAAUCAAAGAAAAGGAAGAAACAGUGCAUUUGUGAUGGACCUUGCGGACUAAGCUGCAUUAAAACAAAUCAGAAAUGCCGAGUGGACCCUUCAUUGGUUACAUCAUUGAAGCAGGGAAACGUAUUCUUGAAUUCACGACCUUAUAAGGACAGUAUUUUUAAGGUUGGAGAUGUGGUAUCAUAUAAAUGUAACAAUAGAUUCACGCUGGUUGGGCCAAGCCAAGUCACGUGCAGUGGAAUUGGAAAAUGGAAACCUUGGGACAAAGGAAGAACUGAAUGCGUGAGACGUUGCAAAGACCCCGGUAAUCUUAAAGAUGGCCGAAUUGUCAGUCGAUCAUUCGAUAUUGGUCAAACUGUGAGGUUUAGGUGCAACCCAGGGUAUAUCCUGAAAGGUAGCACCUCUGCGAAGUGCAAAAGAGAUAUGACAUGGAGUGAGCCAUUGCCUAAAUGUGAAGUAAAAACGUGCGAUCAACCAAACCUGCCAGAAAAUAGCCACAUUUACCGAGGUAAAGAAGUGGCCUAUCAAUAUGGUGACCGCAUUUUUCUCAGAUGUACUGAUGGCUACAAUCGUUUGGGAAGCUCUAUUCUUUAUUGCCAUUCCACUGGCUGGAGGUCAUAUGGAACAACUACCAUGAAAUGUGCUCCAAAAAGCUGCGGAAUGCCCGGUAGCGUAAGGAAUGGGCGAAUUGAAGGUACCCUAUUCACCUACAAAAACACCGUCGAGUACAAGUGCAACCACGGAUACUUUCUGAGAGGACAGUCUACCAGACAUUGCCUUGCGAACCAAAAAUGGAGUGGAUCCACUCCUAUUUGUGAACGUGUUGAUUGUGGAGAUCCAGGUCCUCUUCCAAACGGGAAAUAUGAAAAAUAUGGCACCAAAUUUAACGACAAGCAUUAUGUUGGAUGUAACACCGGCUAUGUUAUAAGCGGCCCUACUGAAAUGACUUGUUUAGGCAGCGGAAAAUGGAGUCAGAAGCCAAGAUGCUCGCGUGUCACAUGUGAUUCGGGACAUGUGACUAUUGCGAAUGGAAAAGUGACAGGUGAUGAUGCUGGAACGUCUUGCACCAAUACAUACAACUGUAAACUGACUUACACUUGUGACAAUGGCUAUGACUUAUAUAGCACUGGACAUCCAAUUUGUCAAAUCAAUGGACAGUGGUCAAAACAGAAGUCACGUUGUGAACCAAAGAAUUGUGGCGACCCAAGGCCUAUCGUUGGUGGCCGGUUAGUGAGUGGACGGUUUGUGUAUCCUAAUGUUAUAAAAUACGAGUGCUAUGACAAUUACGAUAUGGAUGGGCCAGAUGAACUGAAGUGCCAGGCUGAUGGGACCUGGGAUCGGCGACCAAGAUGCAUUGCAAACUGUGGUGACCCUGGACUACCUAAAAAUGGCAAUCGAACAUUCAACGGCUUUAAAAGUGGCAAUUCCAUCUUAUUUCAAUGUGACAGUGGCUAUCGACUGUAUGGUGCGGAAUCAAUUACUUGCCUUCAAAAUUCCGCACGCUGGUCAGCUCGCAUCCCAUAUUGUCUACCAAAGAACUGCGGAAGACCGGACGGCGUAAGGAAUGGGCGAAUUGAAGGUACCAUCUUCACCUACAAAAACACCGUGGAGUACAAGUGCAACCACGGAUACUUUCUGAGAGGGCAGUCUACCAGACAUUGCCUUGCGAACCAAAAAUGGAGUGGAUCCACUCCUAUUUGUGAACGGGUUGAUUGCGGAGAUCCAGGGCCAGUUCCAAAUGGUUUAUACGAAAACUUUGAGCAAAAGUUUAACGACAAGCGAUCAGUCAAGUGCUACCCAAAAUUUGCUAUGCAGGGCUUUGGAGAAAUCACGUGCCAGGGCAGUGGCAAAUGGAGCAAAAAGCCAACAUGCAAGUUUGUCACAUGUGAUGCGGGACACUUGAAUAUUGAGAACGGAAAAGUGACAGGUGAUGAUGCUGGAACGUCUUGCACCAAUACAUACAACUGUAAACUGACUUACACUUGUGACAAUGGCUAUGACUUAAUCGAUGAUGGACAGCCAAUUUGUCAAGAAAAUGGGCAGUGGUCGAAACGGAAGUCGCGUUGUGAACCAAAGACCUGCGUAGACCCAAGACCUAUCAAUGGCGGCAGGUUGGUUUCUGGAGGCUUUCUGUUCCCCUCUUCUGUGAAAUAUGAAUGUCUUGAAGGUUAUACCAUGGUUGGUCCAGAUGAGCUGAAGUGCCAGGCAGAUGGAACUUGGAACCGAGAACCAAACUGCAUUGGUAUAAAAUGCGGCAAACCUCCGGAGCUGAAAAAUGGGUAUCAGGUUUCACUUCAACAAGAAUAUUCCUUCUCUGACGUAGUAGUCUAUAAAUGCAAUGACGGUUUUCAGACAAGCUCCCGAUUGGAGACAACAUGCCAGGCAAACGGACAGUGGUCAAAUUUCACGGCUUCUUGUAAAGAGAUAGUGAACAAGUCGUCCUCCAGCAGUGUGAGCCGGCCUUGCUGCCUGUUUAUAUGCUUUUUGUGUCUCCUAGCAAUAACAUGCUCAGAACCAAACAUUGCGAACAGCGAAAAUGACAGAGAUUCCGCGCCCUAUGCCGUUGGUACAAGACUGAAGGUUGAAUGCAAAGCUGGCUUCAAGCUAAAUGGAGAACCUACUAUAACGUGCAAUGCAAAUGGCGUAUGGGAUAGUUAUCCAAAAUGUGAAAGUGCCAUUACAUGCUCAGAACCAAACAUUGCGAACAGCGAAAAUGACAGAGAUUCCGCGCCCUAUGCGGUUGGUACAAGACUGAAGGUUGAAUGCAAAGCUGGCUUCAAGCUAAAUGGAGAACCUACUAUAACGUGCAAUGCAAAUGGCGUAUGGGAUAGUUAUCCAAAAUGUGAAAGUGCCAUGACAUGCUCAGAACCAAACAUUGCGAACAGCGAAAAUGACAGAGAUUCCGCGCCCUAUGCGGUUGGUACAAGACUGAAGGUUGAAUGCAAAGCUGGCUUCAAGCUAAAUGGAGAACCUACUAUAACGUGCAAUGCAAAUGGCGUAUGGGAUAGUUAUCCAAAAUGUGAAAGUGCCAUUACAUGCUCAGAACCAAACAUUGCGAAUAGCCAAAGUGACAGAGAUUCCGCGCCCUAUGCGGUUGGUACAAGACUGAAGGUUGAAUGCAAAGCUGGCUUCAAGCUAAAUGGAGAACCUACUAUAACGUGCAAUGCAAAUGGCAUAUGGGAUAGUUAUCCAAAAUGUGAAAGUGCGAGAACAUGCUCAGAACCAAACAUUGCGAAUAGCGAAAAGGACAGAGAUUCCGCGCCCUAUGCGGUUGGUACAAGACUGAAGGUUGAAUGCAAAGCUGGCUUCAAGCUAAAUGGAGAACCUACUAUAACGUGCAAUGCAAAUGGCGUAUGGGAUAGUUAUCCAAAAUGUGAAAGUGCGACUCAGAACAGUUGUGAAUCACCACUUGGUAUGGAAAAUGGAGAUAUACGUGACAACCAAAUAGAAGUACAACAUCUGUACGGUAGAGGAUACAGCAAAACAGCAAGAAGAAACGAGAGAAAAACAUGGUGUGGAAGCUAUUAUAAAAAUUCACUCGCUGUCAUUAUCAGAUUAGAUAAGGUCGUCAGAAUAACUGCAGUCCUUUUCCAGUUAAAAUGGCCUGCAUUUGGUGGCGCACUAGCCUCAUUUCGGUAUUUUGAUGCUAACGAUAAAGACGACAUUUUCAAAGAAACGAAGAGGUAUAGCCUGCUAAAAAGAACCAACAAGGAAAUAACUGUUAAACUCGAAGAACAGAUAGAAACGUCACACUUUGAAAUUGUUCUGCACAGUCAAGUAUCCCAUACAGUUUGUGAAAGAUUUGAAAUAUUUGGCUGUAAUGUUGAUUCACAUUGUCAGAGACCAUCUGCUCCAAAAAAUGGUGAAGCAAUCGGGAUGGUGUACAGAGAAGGAGACAAGGCAAUUUUCUCUUGUAAACACGGUUACAAAUUGAGUGGACAAGAUCAUCCAGUUUGUGAUGCCAAUGGAUCCUGGGAAGGUUUUACACCAUCAUGCAUUGCAGAUGACAAGCAAGUUGGAUGUUACCAAGAAAUAGAAAAUUUCAAGAAACAGCCUUCAAAUCAAUUUUCUCUGGAUACCUGCAGAGCCUCUUGUCAAAAAGCAAGCUUCUCUUAUGCUAUUUCCCAGUUCUCAGGUCAGUGUUUUUGUGGAAAUGUCAUUGAUGUCAAAGCUUCUAUAGAGAAAAACUGUUACGUACCAUGUAAGGCUGACAUUUCAAGAAAAUGUGGAAGCCCUUUUGCAGAAUCAGUCUAUUUUGCAUCAUAAUAAUUUCAACCCUUUUUUAAAUCAUAAAACAGUGAUAUACUCCUUUUUGUAAUUGUAGCUUUCACAUCUAACCAGGCACUAUAGUAAAAAAACAGAAUAAUGGAAACUUUAACCAUUCAUUGCAAGGCAAACCCCUCUUUAACCACUCUAUCAAGCCAGGUUUUCUUUGCAAUAAGUUCAUGAAAUAUUAGAUGUGACCUGUUGAGUAUACUUUGUCCGAAAAGUAGUACAAAAGACAUCAUAAAAUUGAUUACAUAUUAUAGAAAUAGAGUAAGACAGAAAGUAUUAUGCUUUCGAAAGUAUAAUGCUUCAGAACUGUUUUCAGCUGAACAUAAGUCUUUGUGUGUCACAUUCCAAAGAGUUUUGAAAUUAUGUCCAAGCAUUA